AGAGAGCAGAAGAGAGAGAGAAAGAGAGAGCAUUAGUGUGUGUGUCUGUGUGUGUGAUAGAGAGAGAGCAGGAGGGAGAAAGAGAGAGCAUUAAUGUAAAAGAGAGAGAGAGAGCAGUAGUGAGUGAGAGAGCAAGAGAGAGAGAGAGAGCAUUAGUGUGUGUGUGUGAGAGAGAGAGAACAGAAGAGAGAUAGAAAGAGAGAACAUUAGUGUGAGAGAGAGAGUGCGAGCGCAGUAGUGAGAGAGAUAGAGCGAGUAAGUGAGUGAGUGAGAGAGCAAGAGCGAGAGAGAGAGAGAGAGAGCUCGCGCGCGCACGUGAAGUGUGUGUAGAGAGUGUGUUUGGAACUACAGUAGAAGUGAAAGGCGGUGGAUGCGCGAGCAUGACGGCAGCUGUCGAUAUGAAGCCGACGUUAAUAAUAAAAGCUGAGAAAGUGGACGAUCUGGAAUGCGGGGACGUCCCCCUGCUGACUCCGGGGAGCAAAGAGAUGAUGUCACAGGCUCUAAAGGCCACCUUCAGCGGCUUCACCAAGGAGCAACAGAGGCUCGGCAUCCCUAAAGACCCCAGGCAGUGGACAGAAGCCCACGUGCGAGAGUGGCUGAUGUGGACGGUAAAUGAGUUCAGCCUGAAGAACGUAGACUUCCACAAGUUCUGCAUGAACGGCGCCAGCCUCUGCGCUCUGGGCAAGGACCGCUUCCUGGACCUGGCACCUGAUUUCGUGGGCGACAUCCUGUGGGAGCAUUUAGAGAUGAUGGAGAAAGACGACACAAAGCUGUUCCCCGUCAGCAGCUUAACCUCUAGUUUCCAGGAAUCUCGCUAUACCUCAGACUACUUCGUCAGUUACGGCAUUGAGCACGCUCAGUGCGUCCCCCCCUCAGAGUACUCAGAGCCUGGCUUCAUCACAGAGUCCUACCAGACCCUCCACCCAAUCAGCUCGGAGGACCUGCUGUCACUCAAAUACGAGAGCGAGUACUCCAACGUGAUUCUGCGGGACACGCCCCUCAACCCGGUGGAUUACUUCACGGUGAAACAGGAAGUGGUGUCGCCCGACAACAUGUGUGUGGGGCGCAUCAGCAGAGGAAAGCUGGGAGGCCAGGAUUCGUUCGAGAGCACAGAAAGCUUCGAGAGCUGCGACCGCCUGACGCAGUCGUGGAGCAGCCAAUCAUCAUUCAACAGUCUGCAGCGCGUGCCGUCCUACGACAGCUUCGACUCGGAGGACUACCCCACCGCCCUGCACGGGCACAAGCACAAGGGCACCUUUAAAGACUACGUCCGGGAGCGCUCGGACCUCAGCAAAGACAAGCCGGUCAUCCCCGCCGCCGCGCUCGCCGGCUACACGGGUAGUGGACCCAUCCAGCUGUGGCAGUUUCUGCUGGAGCUCCUCACAGACAAAUCGUGCCAGUCGUUCAUCAGCUGGACGGGAGACGGCUGGGAGUUUAAGCUCUCGGAUCCUGAUGAGGUGGCACGAAGGUGGGGAAAGAGAAAGAACAAGCCCAAGAUGAACUACGAGAAGCUGAGCCGCGGCCUGCGCUACUACUACGACAAAAACAUCAUCCACAAGACGUCCGGCAAGCGAUACGUCUACCGCUUCGUCUGCGACUUGAAAAGCCUGCUGGGAUACACGCCCGAGGAGCUGCACGCCAUGCUGGACGUCAAGCCCGACACGGACGAGUGAAGAGAUUUCAAAAAUGUCUAAAAUUUCAAAAUGUAAAAAAAAAAAAAAACCAGAGUGCUGGGGAAGAAGGGGCGUUUUAUAAAUUCCUCCGUCUCCCUGGUAACCAGUUUGGUACCCAGUUUGGUAUCCAGUUCGGGGUGUCCAGUUUGGGUCCAGUCACAUCCUGUCUUAAUACCUACCUAGUCGUGGUCCAGUUUUUUUUGGUUUUUAUUUUUUUAUUUUUGUAUUUGAGCUCAUGACUGCAGCCGUCGCAAAAAGGAAGCGAAUUCCGAAACUUUGACCAAAGUUCCUUAGUCUGUAGUGUGAAUGUGUAUCGUAUCCAUAUGCAGCUCAGAACGGGAAAAGAAAAAAAAAAAGAGCAGAGCAAAACUGGGAGUUUCUAAGUAGAACCCGCUGUUAUAUAUUUUUAUUUUAUUUUUUAUUUUUAUUAUUUGUAUUAUUUUUUUAUUUUUAUCGACCCAGCAGCACCGUAACAACAACAACAACAACAAGAGACUGCUAGCUAAGCGAGAAGGAGGGACCGGGAAAAGAACGAAGGAUGAAGGACUCGUUCUUAAAAUGGACUUUGUAUGUACGGAUGAACACGAAAAAAAAAAAAUGUUCCGGUUAUUUCUGUUAUUAUGUGUUUUUUUUUUUUUUAUUAUUAUUAUUAUUAAAUAAUGUUGCCAAAAUUAGAGAGGAACAGGAAACGUCACAGAAAUAUUUACUAAUAUUAAGUAUAUUAAGUUACUCACUGUUACUGUCCUGCUUGUUUAAGGCAUGGGCAGAGUUCUCAGAUGGACCAGAGAAUAAUGAAAAAAAAAUAGAAAAAGAAAAAAAUAUAUAUUUUAUUUUUUUAAUUUAGGUUUUUUUUUGUUUUUUUUCUGAUGCAUUUGUGCCAGUAUUAUUGUUUUAAUGUUUUUUUUUUUUUUUUAAGAUUUUAUGGCUCAUUAAAAUACUGUUGAAGAUGAAGGGUUAAUCAUAAUGGAAAUGAUAAAGUUAAUAAUAAUAAUAAUAAUAAUAAUGCAAAAUUGAUUCGAAAUUCCCCCCACUAAACCCUGCAUUGUUGUUUUAAAAAAUGUCACCAAAUUUCAAACUUAUUUUCUUUUAACUUAUUUUUUUUCUCUCUCUCUCUUUGCACACACCUCUAGUGAAGUGAGUUCAGAGCAGAUCAUACUAGAGACUGUUUUUCUUUCAUGUCUUUUUUUUUUCUCUUUUUUUAACUCCUUGUAGUUCAGUUAGAAGGGCUUCUUCACACUCAAACCGAGAAUGGGUGACAGACACAACCGAAAGUAGCCGUUUUCUGCUAAACGUCUGGCUGUGAACACACCCCGCCUUCGGCUUAUGAGCAGAAGUGCGUUUCGGUUUGAACCGAGCGCGACUCAGGCAGCUGUCGAACACUGCCCACCUCACAACCUCACUUUUUUCUUUUCUUUUCUUUUUUUUUUACCCCUUACAUCUCAGCAUCUUAGUUUAAGUCUGUUUCCACAAUCCAUCACUUUUAGCAGUUUUAGCCAUUUUUGUGUUGGUUUUGUCUAUGUAGGAGAUUAUAUUAUUAUAUUUUAGAGUAGAGAUAGUUCCUGUUAGUUCCUGUUCUCACUGUCUGUCACAAGUAGUGUGAAAAGUAGAGUAUGAAGAGAAGGAGAAGGAGGAGAAGAAGUCUAGCACAUUGGAUCGCGAAAUGUCUUAGAACUGAGGGAUUCUCUGGAUUCUUUGGUUUUGGUUGUGAACUGAACUGAAAUGAAAGUGACGUCUGCUUCAGGUUGGGCAUGAAGAUCAUUACGAAUAUUAUUGAUCAUUUAUGACAAAUCCUGUUCAAAUGAAUAGAACUGCAAUCAACUACAAACUGAUGGAAAUCAGAGAGACAGCAGCUUAAGACAAAAAAAACGUAGCACAACGAGACGGUAUGAAUAUGAACGUCAAUAGUUAGCUUUGUGGAACAGUAUGAUGGAGGUAUGGUUUGAAGAAACAGAAGGUUUGAAGUGAAUAAAUGGAAUGAAUAUUUUGAAGGAAUUGACUUUUAGUCAACUAAAGGAAGGUAGGGAGGGACGUUUGACCUGGUUUGACUUUGGACAGAGUGAUGUAAAGAAAGAAAGUAACAGAAACAUUAGCAAGGUUAGCGUGGCUGUUAGCUGUUAGCUAGCUAGCUUCUGAUGCAAAAAAAGAGGAAUGGUGAAAGAGGAAGAGGCUCGUUUAGCAUUAGCAUUAGCACACGCCUUCUCAGAAGUGAAGAACAUUCUCAAAAGUGAGUUAAAGACAGAGAAAGUUUUAAGUUUAAAGCUUUCCACUGUUGUUCUUCUUUCUCUUUUCUCCAAAUUCACGAUAAAUCAAGCGUUUUUAAGCAAAGCGCCCUGUUUGCCAUCUUCAGGCAAAUCCGCAGUGUCUUUUUCAGACAUCAUUUCAGGCUCUCACAUUGUUCCUCCUGUGGGAAGAUCUCAGUGUACAGACUGGGGCUUUGUGGGAAAAGCCAAAGUGAAGAAGUGAAGAAGUUUCAUCUACGGAGAAAGAAAAAAAAAAAACAAA